AUGAUCAAGGUUCCGAUUCCAAUUGCAAACAUCUAUACCAUCGACCAAUCCUGUGCGGGCGUUGGUGAUGCCAAGGGUGCGGCGUUACUCUACGAGGAGUGCAUCAAAAGACUGGUGAACCGAAACAUCAUCCGCACUUACAAGUCCUCUGGAUUCCCACAGUUCGAUCUCCAGCUCCUAGGGAUGGGUCCAGAUGGUCACAUGGCGUCCCUUUUCCCGGGGCAUUAUCAGAUCACUGAGAAGGCAAGUUUGGUAACUCAUAUCACCGACUCCCCAAAACCGCCACCAAAGAGGAUCACCUUUACUUUACCGGUCAUCAACUGUGCUUCCUACAACCUCAUGGCCGUCUGUGGCAAGGAGCAGGCCGAUGCGGUUGCAAAGGUUUUCAACGACGAUUUCGACUUGCCUGCAGCUAGGCUCACUGCUGAUACAGAAGCCGUCUGGUAUCUCGACCAAGCCGCUGCGCUUAAGAUCACAAAAUUACUUUGA